GUCACCAAUCACAUUCAUUAUUUUGUUUUCGAACCGUUUGACAAAUGCCGGGUGCCGGUUUUAAAAAGUGCAACGGUUUAUUGCGAAAUUUUUGUAAAAAAUGGAUAAUCAAAAGUGGAACACUGUUUUAAUUGAAUGGGUUAACUGUUUGAAACUUUGCAAAAAUAUCAACAAGCUUGACGAGUUACGCGAUGGCGAGUUUUUCUCAAAUUUGCAAAAAGUCGUAACCAAAUCCCGAGAUGCACAAGUUGAUGUUUUAACGUUCAUUUUUGAUUUGUUCGGAAAGCACUACCCCAACUAUUUAUUCCACAAUAAGACCGAAAUCCAUUUAUUUGAUUUACCCGAAAUCGAUUUGAAAGCGAUAAUUUCGCUCCUCAUGCACUACACGUGCAUUUACGACCGAAGAGACGUCCUAACGUCCCCCAUGUGUCACUCCCUCUCGCAAUCAACGCAGCUAAUAAUCCGCAAUUUCCUCCAAAAAACCACCACAAGUGUGACUAAAGAAAGCAUGAGCGACAUAAUUAAAUCCUGCAUUGACGACGCUUCCGACCAUUUAACAACAAACCAGUGGUUGUCGGUCGAAUCGUCCUGCAGCUCCAACAGCCCCCUUCAGGACAUCCUAAAAACCCCCGUGUCAAAAUUCGGUCGUUUGCACGAAAAGGACAAAAUCAUUGCUAAACUGAAAUCGGAACUGGAGGCAGAACGCUACGAAAAAGCCGACUUGCAAGAAGAACUCAAAAUACAAUUGGAAAAAAGCAAAAAAGUCGAGCAACAAUUGCAGCAAAAAAACAACGAAAUUUCCAGGCUGCGGGCCGAAGUGGGGGCCCUUGAAAAUCGCACUCCGCCCCAUUUCCAGGACAUGGACAGUCGCGAAUUGCAGCGACGCUUGCGUUCCGAAAUUCAAACCCUUGAACAGUACAUUAAACAAAUCGAGGACGAACAGGACGAAAUCAGGAAGGAAAAAGACGCGACUAAGGAGCGGCUGCGAAAAAUCGAGCAACAAGCGAGCAUGUGGGAGGAGAAAUUUUUCGAAACUGAGCGCAAUUUUGAAAAUUUGACCGAACAUUCAAAACAGCAAGAGGAGGAAUUGUUGCAGUUGCAGGCCCAUUGUGCCGAAUUAACAGCCUUGUUGGAGGAAUAUCGCGAGAAGCCGAAAAAUGAUAGUUCGUUGUUUGAGUUUUCUCCAGAGAAAGGGUUAAAUAAGACGGAGUUGUGUCCAGAGGAUCUCGCUUGUUCGGUUAUUGAGGUGCAGUUGAGGGAUGCUCAGAAGCAGAUUGAGAAGUUGAGGACGCAGAUUGGAGAAACGGAGGAGUGUGUAACUCAAUUGAGAAACGUUUUGGUUGAGACUGAAACGAAGCUGAGAGAAUCUCAGGAUCUUAACACAGAGUUUGAUACCAAGGUAAAAUCGCUCGAAAACGAUAAAGAAACAGUUCAAACACAGUUACUUUCAACUCAGUCUGUUUUGGAUGAAGCCAAUAGAAAUAUAAAUGUUUUGGAAACGAAAGUUGUGAACCUUGAAACUAAACUGCAAGAAAAUGAAGAAGUAUUAGGAACAGUUAGGCAUGAUAAAGAAGAAUUGCUCUCACAAGUCACUUCUUUGCAAGCUCACAUUGGACAAGUGGAAAAACACCUAUCACAAGCUUUGGACCAAUUGGAAGAUUAUAAAUUGCAGUCUCAAACUCUUGAAAAACAACUCACUGAAUCGAAAGCCGUAUCUGAGAAACUUCAAUUCGAGCUGGCCGAUGUCGUCUUAGAAAACCAGAAAACGCACACACUUUUGAAUGAUUUGUACGGUGAAAAGAAUGAAUUGGUUUUGAAAUUAGAGGAGGCAGAAAAUACUAAAAAAUCGCUUGAAAAACACUUGUUCGAGUUUCAAGAUUACUCUAAGAAUCUUGCGUCUGAAUGUGAAACUCUUCGUGUGGAAAAUCUUGCCUUUAAACAGGAACUUUCCGAAAAAAAUACGCAGCUGUUGAUAGUGACUCAGGAAAAGUCAGAUUUGGCCAUAAAGCUUGAGUACCAAGACGUGAAAGUUGUUGAUUUGGAGAAAACCAACGAAGGACUAAAUUGCGAGAUGGACACUCUUCAAAAUCAGUUGAAGGAAACAUUGGAUCGUUUGGAUUCAAGUCAGAGCUAUUUGCAGAAGCUUCAGUUGGAUUAUAGUGAACUUGAGACGAAAUUGAACGACGCUAAGACACAACUGGAAAAUUUAACAGUUGAGCUGAAUACAGUUUUGGAAGAGAAAAAAUCUGUGGCUGAACGAUUGGUCGAACGUGAAGAUUACGUCUUACAGUUAGAAGAAGAAAAGAAGAUUUUGACGGAGAAAACUAACGUUUUAGAAGAUUCGUAUCGAAAAUUAUCGCAAAAGUGUGAAGAAGUACAGUCGUAUAAUGAAGACGUUUUGAAACAGCUUUCGGAUGUUUCACAAUCUCUUGAAAUCAGUAAACAAGAAAUUGGAAGUUUACAAGAACUUAAAAAGUCCCUAGAAUUGCAACUUGAAGAAUCACAAACUAGCUUAGAAACUUUAAAAGUAGAGCUUGAACAAAUGCAAUCAGCAAACGUCAAAAUAAAUUCUUUAUUGCAAGAAACAGAAGCAACGUUACAUCAGUCGAAAAAAGAGAGUGAAGAUUUGAAAAUACAGAUUGAAACUCUGCAACAAGAACUUAACGACUCGAUUAAUAAUUUAAGAGAGAGUCAGAAAGAUGUCUUCGAUUUGCAAGAAAGCAAAAAUAGGGUUGAGGAAAAUUUAAAACAAGUUGAAUUAGAGUCGAAAAACUUAAAAUCGGAAUUGGAAAAGGUUCACCUUGAAAAGUCUACAAACGAUAAGGAAUUAAGUGAGGUAAAGAAAUCAUUAACCGAAUUAGAGGAGGAGUCAGAGAAGGAGAAACAUCAUUUUGAGACUGAAAUUGGUGUUCUUCAGAGUCAGUUGAAUGAUGCUUUAGGUAGUUUAGAGACUGCCAAAAAGAAGGAAGAGAAACUUCAAAAUCUCAAAAAUCAGCUUGAAACGCAAUUAAAAGAAACACAGGCCGCGGAAGAAAAAUUAAAACUUGAAGUGGAAAAACUAAGUAAUAAUUUGAGCGAAACUCGUCAAGAAAGAGCAGAUUUCUUGAAAAAACUUGAGAAUUUAGAGGAUGAAAAUGGAAAUUUGCUCAAAGAGUCUCAAGAGCUUCAGGAACGUUUGAGUCAAGUUUUAAGUGAUUUGGAGUCAAAAACUGCCGAGUCGAAACAAUUGAAUGACAUUCAAACUACGCUUGAAACUCGUUUGGAUGAAGCAGAGAAGAUGAGACUUCAACUAGAGACCAUCCAAUCUCAUCUUGAUGAAACACAAAGUAAUUAUGAAGAAUUGAAGAAAGAGAAGUCCUUACUAGAAAAUGAAUAUACAAACAUGAGACAAAUCACCAGUGAGUUUGAAGGAAAACUGAAUGAAACUCAAGAUUAUGUACAGCAGUUGGAAAUGAAGAAUGAAGAUAUUGGUAAACAACUAGAAGAGGCUAGAAAGUUUGUGUCUCAAUUGGAGGGAGAAAACGGCGCUUUAAUGGUGAAAAUGCGAAUUCUUGAACAGGAAAAAGAAGAAUUAUGCGAGGAAAAGAAGGAUCUUGAAAAGGAACUUUACGAUGAGAAAAGCAACUUUGAAGAAAUGAAAACUGUAAACUCAAAUCUUUUAAUUAAUUUGGAAGAUCUACAUAUUUUAGUAGAGGCAGUUCGGUCGGAGAAGGAGAAAUUAAAUGAAGUUUUGAUGAAUGAAAGAAAUGAAAGUGAAGCUUUGGUCACAAAACUAAAUGACAAGUGUGAACUUCUUGAAGAUAAAUUAUCUGAGUGUGUCGACGAUUUAGAAAGUAGUAACAACGAAUUGGAACGAGUAAAAGAGGAGAAAUCUUUAGUCGAAACAGCUUUGGAAAAUCUGAAAAGUGAAAUGCAGUCUAUUGAAAAGUCUCAAAAGGUUUUGGAAAAUGAGAAAGAAUCAUUAGAGACGACAUUAAAGCAAGUGGAAGUACAGUUGAACGAAUUAAAAAAUAGAAAUGAAGUCUUAGAGAAGGAAGUUUCAGAAAGAACGGAAACUUCUACGAAAGAAAAAGAGGAACUUGUAUCCGAAGUUGAGAAACUUUCCAAAAUAAAUGAAGAUAUUCAGCACCAAUUAUUUAUUUUAGAUAGGAACUACAAGGAAUCGAGGAGUGAGAAAGAAAUUCUUGAUAAACAGUUAAAUGAGAUGAGCGCUUUGUCUGAAACUUUGAAAGCAGAAUCUGAAAACCUCCGAAUUCAGUAUCAGAAGUCGAAAAUUGAAUUGGAAGAAACUAGAGAUAUGUUGAUGAAAUUAACUUCAGAAAAAGAAAAUCUAUUCACGCUUUUGCAACACGCGAAAGAACAGAACGGGGAAUUUGAAAAACAAAUUUCUGAAAUGAUCAACAGUUUGGAAUUGAAAGAAAAUAAAUGUAAUGAGCUGAAUGAUGCAGUUAAGGUGUUGGAAGAUAAACAGAAAGAUCUCUUUUCAGAGAAUGCAUGUUUGCAACAGCGUUUGGCUGUAAUAGAAAAAGAAAAUAAAGAAAGGGAAGUUAAAGAAAGGGAAGAAAAUGAACAACUUAGUCAAGAGUUGAAACGAAUAUCUCAAGAAAAACUUCUUCUAGAAAGUAAACUCGACGAUGAUGAAGUUAUGUCUUUGGAGACUCAAAAGAAGAUAAAAUCUCUAGAGGAAACCAUUCAAGAUUAUGAAAUUACAAUUUCGGGUUUGAAGAGUGUCGUCGAUACAAAUUUGGAGAGUUUGGAGUCUUUGAAAGAAGAACUAGCCGAUCAAAAAAUUAAAGAAUCCGAGAUCAUGACAAAGAUUUAUGACUUGUUGAAAGAUAAUAACCUUAUUGAUGACGAAGAUGGGCAAGGUGAUUUUAAAACAUUCAUUACUGAAAAUUUCGAAAAGUUACUAUCUUCCAAAAAUCAAGAAGAACAACGACGAAAAGACCUGAAAGUUGAAGUUGAAGAACUGAAAGCUAAAAAUAUGGCAGCAACAAAAUUGAACGCUAAUUUCCAAGAGAUGGUUGAAAAAUUACAAACUCUGGUAUUGGAACAGAGCGAAGUUGUAACAGCGGAUGCUCUCAAAGCUAGUUUUGAUCAAAUUCACUCCAAAGUUAACAGCGUUCUGAGUUUGAAACAAAAGUUGUCGGAAGAUUUAGAUCAACUCAAAAAUGACAACUCUGAAUUAAGCCGAAAACUGGACAGUGUCUUAUCAGAAAAGGAAGAAAUUUUCAAAUCCAAAACUGAACUGGAAAAGAAUUUAAAGGAAGAAAAAGAGAAAGUCGAGAAUUUGCAUAAAGAAUUGGAAACUAAAACACAACCGAUUAAAGUUCAAAAGGAAAAUAUCUUAGGAGUUUCAACGAAAGGCAAUAAAUCGCGGGAAGAGGAACUGAAGAAAGAAAACAUGUUGCUGAAACGUAAAGUUGUGUUGGCCGAAAAUGCCAAAAAUAACUUGGAAAAAGUUUUAAAGGAGUUACGAGAGGAAAAGAAGAAAGUACGUGAAGUACCAUCCUCACCAACUAGCGAUGCUCUUUACAAGAAACUUCUGCAUGAAUACAUUCAAAUCAAGGAAGAUAAUGAGCGAGUGGUGAAAGAAAAAGAUGCGAUAAUUGAAGAACUAACCCGCGCAAAUGAAGAACUGAUAGUAAAAGGUGCCCCAAUUAAGCAAGAAAGUGGCGAAAAGAUGGUCCAAGAUCUCCAAAAUAUCCGUGAGGCCUACGGUAGUGUGAUGAGUGUAAACUCAAAACUCGAAAUGGAAAUUGUAACUCUCAGAAAAAUCAUCGAAGAACGUAACGGCGAAUUGGCAAACUACAGUCACAUUAAAGAAGCUUAUGAGAAACUGCUCGAAGACAAUAACAAACUCAUGACCGAAAUGGAUACAAUAAAAUACAAGCGAUUGAGAGACAAGGAUGAGUUUGUUCGGUUAAUAAAGAAAGAACGCGACGAAAAUUUAAACCGCGAAACUAAAAAAAUCCAAGACAUACGAAACGAAUACGAGGGCAAGUUGGAGAAGAUGAAGGAGAAAAUGUUGAAGCUUUACAGAGAGGAGGUGAAUAAGAAAGUUCGCUCGGUUAAAGACGGCCAAGGCGAGACUGCAACUUUGAUGAAAACGAUCGCGAAUUUGCGAUCGGAGCUGUUUGAGGCCGACCAGAAAAUCCAGUUGCUGGAAAUGGAGAAGGAGAUUUGGAAAAUGAACAGAAAAAUCGACCAAGAGGCGAAAACAAAGCAAUUGCAGUCCGUUUCAAGUGUCACCACCCUGACCAGAACUAACGAAAGAGUUUCGACUUUACCGCGGCCUUCAAUCACGGAAGAAAUCACCAUUUCCAGGCGAACUUCAGUCACUGGAAUCCCGAACAGUUUGCAGAUGGAAGACGAGGAGGAUCUGUUCAACGAUAAGUAUCUAACCGACUUGAAGGAGGGAAAAUGCAUUUUGCCAUCGGAUCGCGAAUCGACUAAUCGGUUUUCUGAACUGGCAUGGAGGAACUCGUUAGUGCCCCCGCAUCUAAAGUCUUCGUAUCCGGCGGAAACGCAGUUUGUCAGUCCAAGUCGGUUCAAAGAUGAGGAUAUGAAGGCUGGUAAUAUUGAAUUUGAGGAUAGUUUGUGUAAGUUAUUGCCCGGUGAGAAGCCCCGCAAGAAGGAUUUUGGCACAACGACGUAUAAGAAGCCAGGACCGCCGACUCCGAGUAAGAAUGGGGGCCGGCUGUCUCUGCAAGGCAACGAAGUGCAUCCGUUGAGGGACGUUGAUGGGAAAACGCCCAAGAGGUCAACGCCUAGCAGGAUUAAGGCGUUGUUUACAGGACGGAAUAAUAGUACAAAAGAGGCAGGAGAGAGCCAGAGUGUGACACCCAGUCGGGGCAGACGCCUGAAUAGUAUUUUCCGAAGACCCAAAUGAUUUUUUAAGUGCAGAAUGUUGUUUUUGUUUUAUUACCGUUUUUAUAAGAAAUGUGUUUUAUAAAUUUGAAUACAAGUAUCUUUUUUUAAA